ACUCUGUGGACUGUGGUGUUGGUUUUGGAAUUGUGAUUUGCGGUGUAUUUGUUUAAAAACAAUAACUACAUUCAAUAUAUUUAAAAAUGCCAGAGUUAGAAAUAAAACGAAAAGCUGAUGAAUAUUCCGUUGUGCCAGCAAAAAAGACACGCCAUGAAAUAUCUGUUGCCGGUACUAGAGAAAAAGCUGUGGUUACAGCGACGGUUCCACGAACAUCUAAUCUGUACGCACCGAUUAUGUUACUAGAAGGUCAUCAGGGUGAGAUAUUCACUGCUAAAUUCCAUCCAGAGGGCAAGCAUCUCGCCUCUGCAGGAUUUGACAGACAAAUCUUUCUAUGGAAUGUUUACGGCCAGUGUGAGAAUGUGAUGGUGAUGAAGGGGCACACGGGCGCGAUCAUGGAGCUGUGCUUCUCUCCAGAUGGCGCCCACAUGCACACGUGUGCGACGGACAACACUGUAGCCGUGUGGGAUGUUCCCACGGGGACGAGGAUCAAAAAGCUCAAGGGACAUGCGAACUUUGUUAACUCUGUUUCAGGAGCAAGAAGAGGACCAGAACUUCUAGUGUCAGCUUCAGAUGACAAUACAAUAAAAUUGUGGGAUGCAAGAAAACGCAACCCCAUCGCGUCACUUGAUAGUUCCUACCCAGUUACAUCAGUUUUAUUCAAUGACACAGCCGAGAAAAUCAUAUCUGGAGGACUUGAUAAUGUUAUUAAAGUGUGGGAUAUUAGAACUAAGUCAGUAUCUUAUAAGAUUAAAGGACACACGGAUACAGUUACAGGUAUGGCGCUAUCAUACGACGGUUCGUACCUACUAUCCAACUCAAUGGACAACACAUUAAGGAUAUGGGAUGUCAGACCGUUUGCACCUUCGGAGAGAUGUGUGAAACUCAUGUCGGGACACCAGCAUAACUUUGAAAAGAACCUUCUGCGGUGUGCCUGGUCUCCUGAUGGUUCUAAGGUGGCAGCGGGUUCAGCAGACAGAUUCCUAUACAUUUGGGACACAACAUCGCGACGGGUGUUGUACAAACUGCCCGGUCACAAUGGUGCGGUCAACGAUGUCAACUUCCACAGAAAUGAGCCCAUUGUCCUGUCUGCGUCUAGUGAUAAACAGAUAUAUUUGGGAGAAAUCGAUAAUUAGAAUAAAUGUAUAUUUCUUAA